GCAUCGGCCACAUCUUCUGGACCAGUAGUUUGAGAAGCGAAGUUGUCCUUGAAGCGCAAGGCAAACAAUUUACACAUUUCUGGCAGGGAACAGGCACUGUCACCGUCAUAACGUAUAAUGCUUGGUAGCCCAGCAGAUUUUCGUUUUUUGUCCAUAUAACUCCAAAAGCGCCUAGGGUACUUGCAGGGGGAACGUGCAGUUUGUUUCAAAUAACUUCGGUGACAGGAUCUAUUAUAUCGGCGAUAGAGAGAAUGAACUCUGUUGUAAUAAAGACGUGACGUGCUGUUUUGUUCUGCUCGUUGAUCAGAAUAGGCUUUUCUUUUUUCUUUUUUUAAUGCAUUUAGUGUGCGAUCAGCCCAUGGUGGUCCACAACGAGGAAUUUUAACAGUAGUGCAUUCACAUAUAGCAGAUCUCAUUAACUCACAAAAAGCCUCUGUGGCAUCGUCAAUGGUUGAAUAGUCCGAACAGUUAAAAGAAUUGUCAAAAGAUAAAAUCAAUUGCUCCAAUUUUGGAAGGUCAACACGAGCAUAAUUCAGCCUUUUAUCAGCAUCAAUGGCUGUAGCGAUCGUAACUGGGGCUACGUUGUCCAAAUCAAAGUCAAGCGGAGGGUGGUGUUCGUCGAUAGUAGUAAGGGGAUAUUCACAGACACGUAUUGAAGAACAUGUAGAUGCAGCUGGCCAAUUUGUGUAAAUUAGGUCAAGUAUUCGCCCCGAUGAGUUAGUAUUGAAGUUAAGCUGGUAUAGUCCACUCUGAUGCAAACCAUCAACGACCUGGACACUGCGCGCGGAGCGUGCAUGAGGCUCAUAGAAAUCAAAAGCAGCUCCAUUUUCCUCUGACGCCGAUGUCCAGGAUAGCGUAGACUGGUUGAAAUCACCAAUAAGCAUGAACCUGUCUCUCGGACCAAGACUAGUGCAGAUAAGAGAGAGCAACGAAGUCGAUCAAUGCACUUAUUUUCUCCUCAUUCAUGCUAUGGUUAGGAGGCAGGUAGGCAGCGGCCAUAAACAAACGGUGGUCGCAUAACUGAAUACAUGCGCAAGUGAGUUCUAACAGUUGCGGCAACGUAGGAAGCACAUAAGAGAGAAGAGAAACGUUGCAUGCAAUUAAAACACCACCCCCACGAGAGUGAGAGCUGUUAGUGGCAUCCCGGUCGCAUCGGUAAACACGAUACUCAUCUCCUAGAAGGAGAGCGGUGGGAAUACAGGGAUCGAGCCAAGUUUCACGGCCAGAGCAUGGAUUACGUUCGACGAAAUCCGUUUCGGCGCUCAGUACAAAAUGAAUUAUGUUCAUUUAAACAUACAUUUAUACCCUCCAGAUUCAAGUGUUCACAUACAAAAUACAGCAUGUCUUUGCUUACCCAUAUGUGUCACUUCUUCGUUUAUAUACAGCACUUGAAAUCUGGCCGGAGCUUCUAUUAACCCUGUCACUGGCAACCAAAAAAACAUCAUAUUUCAGGCAACCGGGCUACCCGGGUAGUCAGCGACUAUGAAGGCUUAUCAUUUUUGAAUGCGUUAUGGAAUAUCGAUGCAAUAUUCUGAAGAUAAUUUAAAAGACUUAUACAGUUUCUAUAACUGUGUAUAGAUUGGUUCAACUCGCUAUCGUUUUUAAGUUAUAACUUUUCAAAGUUGACAGGAUUUUUUGGAGUAUGAUGUUAAUUUGGUUGCAAGUGGCAGGGUUAAUGUUACGCCAUUUUGACAGACUUUCGUUUAUUUUUACAACUUGUGGAACAGAAACACAAAGUAUAUUGUUUGUUUUAAAAUGUUGUUCUUUUAUAACAGUAUAAACGUAGAAGCUGAGGCAAAGCAGGAAUUGAAAAGACAUCGUAGGAAUCUUCGAUAUAAUACCGAUCCUCUUGCUUUAACGGAUACUGCGUACGUAAAUAAAUUGAUAACUGUUUUGCUAACGUUAUCAUCUGAUUGUCGUUAUCUUCGUUGGCAAUUACAUUACAGAUUUGUUAACAACUUUAGGAUAUCGAAAUCUAUUUUCAUGGAUUUGCUUGAUGGUAUUGAUUCUUCGGUAGACUCUCGCAGAGCGCAUGGAAUAUCAAAAAAAGAGAAGUUGACGGCAUGUAUAAUAUUCUUCGCAUCUGGGAGAUAUCAGCAUGGCGUAGGAAAAGAUUUCCAUGUCGCAAUGGCUCCGACAACUUUUAGUAAAGUUUUGAGAGGAACUUUACGACCACUCCACUCAUUAGUUGGGGAUUGGAUAAAUUUGCGAAUGACUCAAUCAGAGAGACAGGAAGCUAAAGAAUAUUUCUUCUUGAAAAGCGGUAUUGAGAACGUCGUGAUGUGCGUAGAUGGAACGCACGUUAAAAUUAAAAAACCGCAAGAACGUCCGCUUACUUUCCUGAAUAGGAAAUCAUUUUACAGCAUUAACACAUUGAUUGUGUGUGACCAUAAAACACGCAUACGAGCCGUUGAUGCACGAUUUGCUGGAUCACAUCACGAUGCGCAUAUAUGGCGAGUGAGCAUUGUGCGCAAAUAUUUCCAACGAUUGCACAGAAGCGGGCAAAGGGACAAGAUUUUGGGGGAUGCUGGGUAUCCAUCAGAACCGUGGCUAGUAAGACCGCACAGAGACCCAGACGAAGGAUCCGCCGAGGCAGAAUUUAACAAAAAACACUCUUCUGGUCGGAUGAUUGUAGAACAGACAAUAGGCGUUUGGAAAUCCCGGUUUCGAUGUCUCGCUGGGACAGACAGAUCACUAAACUACGAUCCUAAAACAAGUGGUCUAAUUAUUAACACAUGUUGUGCGUUGCAUAACAUCUGUAUUGAAAAUAAUAUAGAGUGGCAACAAAUUUUCACAGAUUUAUUAGAAGAUAUUUGACAUAAAUAAAUGCUAUUUUAUGUGCAAAAAAGUUAAAUUUGGUGAAAUUCAGUAUGGUUUGAAUAAAUUGAAACAUCAAAUGCGAUUCAUUUGUUUUGAGAAUUCUGAGCAUAUUUUUUAAUUCAUAAAAUCGGGUAAACAUGAAACUUUUAAGCAUUUUAGUAAUUAAUGCCUGGGCUGAUUUGCGUUACUAAUUUGCUCUAAUUUAGCAUAUUUUAACUCUAGCUCCUUUUCGGCAAUUUCCUUCCUCAGUUGAAAAUCCUGAAUUGCCAAUUCAUGUUGCAUUUCCAUUGCCUUUUGUUUUAGUUCAAAUUUCCUUUUAGCAUGUUCCUUUUCAGUUUCUAACCUAGCUUUGUUUGUUUCUUGUUUUUCGAUUUUAACGUUGAGUAUUUUUUGUUGAAUCACAUUGAAUUUACGCAACUCCAACAAGUUUUGCUCCGCCAAUGUGCGUCUCUUUCGCCUGCUGUUACGAGCUGGUUCUGUAGUAACAGGAACCUCUUCGAUUUCAACCUCUUGGUCAAUUAUUUGGGCAGAAGUUGGUUGAUGUCCGCUGUCCCGAUUACAUGCUCCGGAUGUAACGAGCUCUGUUACUUCUGGGCUGAUAUUCAAACAUUCAUUUUCGAUUGAAUCUUCACUUUCUGCUAGACCCAUUGGUGGAACGUCAGGUGUUCCGACCACUGAACGUUGCAUAUCGAGCACUUCAAUAACUUUCUGCUCCAGGGCAUUAAAAUUGCGCAAGGAGCACGGUCCCCCUCCGGUCGAUCUGUAUUCCGCAUUAUUAAAUGAAAGCUUCUUUUUUAAAGCAGAUUUAUAAUCCGCCCAAACCUAAAAUAGUAAAACACGUUUAUGUUAUGCAAUAUAAAAAGCACUUAUCAAAUAGUGGUAAUUUACUUUUUUCCAUCCCGAUAUAUCUUUGAUAGGGGGUCCCAAUUCGUUGAGUUUUACCGUCACUUCCUGCCAAAAUUUACAAGAUCCUUUGAUGCGAUCACCGGCUACACCUUCAUUACCUUCAAUCAUGGCAAUAAGUACCUCAAACUGUCGUUUGGUUGUAGUUUUGCGCUUGUCCUUAAAUCAGUGAAUAAUAAUAUAUUAACCCAUAUGUUGACCAUAUACAAUGACAUGUUUUAGAUUACUUACAGGCAUUUUUAUCAAUUUUUGCACGGUCUUUCGUUUUACUUCACACCAAACAAACAAAAAACGGGUGAUCGAAUGGUGUGGUUUUCAUUCUUUGGAAAUUUUGAUUACUAUUGUUUCAAGUUUUCGCGCGUGUGCGCGAACAGUGACACACAAAAACAACAAACCUGUUUUUUUCUGCAACUAAUUUGUUUCAUAUAGUGGAUAAUGUUAUGAAUGUAGAUGGAGAAAUAAGAGUUUUUUUUAUAGUAUAAAAAAUGAAGACUAGAAAAAUGCAGGAGUUAUACAAUUAAGUGGAUUAACAUUUAAAUUUUAAAUAAAAAGUAACAGUAAAAACAACGGUUAUGUUUUCUUGUACGGCACUGUAUGAGCAAGAAGGCACUAAAAAUUGACAGAUAACAUUCGUUUCCCCGUCGAUUCGUGAGGGAACGGUCAGAACCU